AUUCAGCGCUCACUGCUAUCUGUCAUCAGUCAAGUCAUUUCAAGAAUCUACUUUCAAGUUCCAUUAGUCAUUGGCGUCUCUGUAGGGAGAUACAAUAAAUUAAAAAUAAAUUUUCACAAAUUAAAAUUCGUUGAACGCGUUAAGUAUAACAUAAAAUACAUUGUUUCUUCAUAUAUUGUCAGUAAUAAAUUGCUCAAAAAUGGAGUGGACAAUGCCAGUGAAUGAGAUGUUACAAGAUGAAAUCACGAAAUUAAAUUAUUCGCUUAUUCCACCUGGAUUUAAAGGAGACGUACGGACUGUCAGGUUGAUGCAAGAAUGUCUGAAGAAGAUCAUCGACAACCUCGGAGAGAGGUCGGCCAAAGCGCAGGGCCUCAGCAAGGUGAUAACCAGCACUGACAGGCUGAGGAACUCGGAUCACACCCUCUACCUCAUGAAAGAGGCCAGGGCCAAAGGUGGGGACGGUGAGGUGAUAGGGUUGCUGAAAGUUGGCUACAAGCACCUGUACCUGUUCGACGACAACUGCAAGUCGUGGGAGGUGGAGCCGCUGUGCAUCCUGGAUUUCUACGUGCUUGAGGAUCGACAGCGUCACGGAUGCGGCAAAAGGCUGUUCGACCACAUGCUGAUGGAUCAAGGCAAGCGGCCCGACGAGUUCGCGAUAGACGGGCCGUCUUCCCGACUCGAGAGCUUCCUGAAGAAACACUUCGGCACGGAGCGUCUCAUCCGGCAGACCAACAACUUCGCCGUCACUGCCAAGUUCUUUGAGAACGUUAAGGAGAAUAAGUCCGGCCGCAGUACUCCCAGCGUGGCUGGCUCGCAGUCCAUUGGCCGCUACGCCGCUCCGAAACCUAACUCGGCUAUUGCCUCGGUCAUUCACGGUGGUCAAAAGAUUGGAGAUUCGCCCGAGAGCGCUACAUCUGACAAAACGCCGUCCGAACCCUUACCCUCUACGCAAAUGCCGGAACCGAUACCGGAUCCGGAACCGAUACCGGUACCGGGGCCGGCACCGUUACCGAAUGACGUGGAGGAAAACCACAAGAACCACGAGAGGCCAUCAACGCUGGAGGUGCGGAGGGUCUCACAAACAGAGGCCGAGGAGGUGUCUCCAGCUGGCUCUACGGCCUCUCGACGUCUGUCUUCCCUGACGGAUCGCGGUUACUUCGAUGUUAAAUUCUACCACAAUAAAUUGUGGUAAAUUCUACCGCAAGCUGUGGCAAGUUCUACCAUGAGCUGUGGUAAAUUCUAUCAUAAUAAAUUAUGGUAAAUUUAAUUCUCUUGCGGUGCGGUUAGUGUGUUUGUGUAUUGUGUACGGAUAAAAUUACUAAUUUAAUUUUUUAUUGUUCAUACAAUAAAAAUGCCUUGCGGCGGUUUUGCUAUGAACUCCGGCUGAGUGACCAGAUAGAGCCUAGGGCGACUGAGUGAGGAACCUACGGACUAUCCGAUCCUUGUCCAGUAGGACUGCCCGGUCCAUUACCACGAUAUCAGGUUUACUCGCUCCAGGACGGUGACACUUAUUUUUAUUAUUAUUGUAACGUAAAAAUCAGGAUUCAAUAAAAAAAAAAUCAACUAUACCACUCUGACCGCAUACGCCACACUUUGUUUAGGCGUAUUUUGCUUAAUCUCGUAUUUCAUGCUUUGAAUCUCUUUAUAUUAAACCUGAACGAAUAGGUGUAGUCGCUUACCUUAAGGCCCUAACCAAAGCUUUUGUCGUUUUAACUUAUAUCACGAGGCAAUUCAUAGUUAUUACUUAAAAUUUAGCGGAUGAGAGUGCACAAAGUGUAUUAUUAAAUGUUAUU